GUGGCUUCAGCAUUAUCAUUGACUCUGUAAAAACCAGAAAACUGAAGAUAUAACAAUGCAGACAACACAAUAGAGUGAAUUUGACGAUAAACUCUCUGUUUUGUCAUCAUUUUGACAAUGGCCUCAACAAAACAAAAUGGGCUUAGCAAAACUGCUGGAAAGCCUAUUCGUUGCAGAGCUGCGGUGGCAAGAAAACCAGGAGAACCACUGGUGAUAGAGGAAGUAAUUGUGGCUCCUCCUAAAGUGCAUGAAGUUCGACUCAAAAUCAUUUGUACUUCCUUGUGUUUUACUGACAUUGCCUUCUGGAAGACGAAAGAAUAUCCUGGAUGCUUUCCGAGAAUCUUGGGCCAUGAAGCUUUCGGGGUUGUGGAGAGUGUCGGAGAAGAUGUUGAGGAGUUAAAAGAAGGAGAUUCAGUCAUACCGAUAUUUUUGACGGACUGUAUGGACUGUGCAGACUGUAAAUCCAAGAAAAGUAACCUUUGUUCCAAAUUCCCAUUUCAAAUCUCUCCGUUGCUGCAUAGAGAUAACUCAAGCAGAUUCACUACCAUUAAAGGAGAAACUUUACACCAUUUCCUGUUCAUAUCUAGUUUUUCCGAGUACACAGUCGUUGAUGUUGCUAAUGUAACGAAGAUUGAUACCGAAGUUCCACCUAACAGGGCAUGCCUCUUUACUUGUGGAGUAUCAGCAGGACUGGGUGCUGCUUGGAAAACAGCAAAUGUGGAACCAGGUUCAACAGUAGUGAUCUUCGGUUUGGGAUCAAUUGGACUAGCAGUUGCAGAGGGAGCAAGGCUAUGUGGUGCUACCAGAAUAAUCGGUGUUGAUAUAAACUCUGACAAGUUUGAAAUAGGGAAGCAGUUUGGUGUUACGGAGUUUGUCAAUUCUAAAAGCUGUGGGGAUAAACCUGUUAGUAAGGUGAUAAUUGAGAUGACCAAUGGAGGUGCUGACUAUUGCUUUGAAUGUGUUGGUCUGAAUACACUUGUGCAGGAAGCAUUUGCAUGCUCCAGAAAGGGUUGGGGAAAAACAGUUGUACUAGGAGCUGAUAAGCCAGAGGCACAACUCAACUUUAACUCUCUUGAGGUUCUUCAGAGUCGGAAAACUCUCACGGGAGCACUCUUUGGUGGUCUCAAACCCAAAUCCGAUGUUCCUAUCCUCGUUAAACGUUACCUUGACAAGGAAUUGCAAUUGGACAAGUUUGUGACGCAUGAACUCAGUUUUGAAGACAUCAACAAGGCUUUCGAUUUACUCAUUCAAGGAAAGAGCCUACGCUGUGUUAUUUGGAUGGACAAGUGAUUUGUAUCUCAUUUCUGACUUUCUGUCUGUGCCUUGUUUCUCAGUUAUUGUAUCUCAACUCUCAAAAACCAUGUUACUUGCAUUCCUGUUCAUUUGGUCUCGAGUUCGUAUCAAAUUUAGACAUUUCUAUACUUA